AGAAGAGGAGGAGGAGCAGAAUCCGGAUGUCAUGAGCGUAGCAGGAGGAUGUACUGCGUACACUGCCACAGCUGAUUCCCUGAAGUUGGAGAUUCCGGAUGUCCGUGAACGCAGCAGGAGGAUCCUCACUUGACUCCAGUCUGCUGCUUCGAGCUGGAGCUCUCAUGUUGACAGAAUGGCUUCUCCAGUCAGUGUUAUCGUGGUGGGAGCUGGUUGCAGAGGAGAGAACUACUCCAUGUUUGCCUCCAUUCACCCUCAACGCAUGAAGGUUGUUGCAGUGGCUGAUCCGAGGAAGUUUGCUCGCACCAAACUCCAGAAGCAGCACAAAAUCGCAGAUGAAAAUGUGUUUGAGGACUGGCACAGGGUCAUUGAAAGAGACAAGUUUGCAGAUGCUGUGUGCGUUUGCACUCCAGAUCGUCUUCAUAAGGAACCUGCUGUGGCCUUUGCAAAGAAGGGCUACCAUGUUCUUCUAGAGAAACCAAUGGCAACCACUGCAGAAGACUGCAGGGAGAUCGUGGAGGCGUGCACUCAGAGCGGAGUGAUACUGUCUGUGGGCCACGUUCUCCGGUACGAUCCACUCAUUCGCAUGAUAAAGGAGCUUAUAGAUGCUGGAACCAUAGGUGACGUGAUGCAUAUUCAGCACCUGGAGCCUGUCGGUUACUAUCACUUUGCGCACUCGUUCGUUCGGGGAAACUGGAGGAAUGAAGCUGAGAGCUCGUUCGCCCUUCUGGCCAAGUCGUGCCAUGAUAUUGACCUGAUUCACCACUGGGCUGGAGCACGAAGAUGUGUCAAAGUGUCAUCGUUCGGAUCCCUCAGCCACUUUCAAAAACAAGACAAGCCGACAGGUGCUGCCGAUCGCUGCCUUGAUUGUUCCAUAGAGAGGGAGUGUCCUUACUCGGCAUGCAGAAUUUACCUGGACAGGGUGAAAAAGGGUCACACCGGCUGGCCCGUGUCAGUCAUAUGUCCAAACUCACUCCCGGACCUGGAGACAGUGACCGAGGCGCUGAGGACCGGACCUUAUGGCCGCUGUGUCUAUGAGUGUGACAAUGAUGUCUGCAGCAACCAGGUUGUGAAUAUGGAGUUUGAAGGUGGUCUGACAGCAGCUUUUACCAUGGUGGCUUUCACUGAAGAGAUCUGCAAUCGAAGAACAACCAUCUAUGGCAGCAAGGGGGAGCUUUCAUGUGAUGGCCGCGAGAUACGCGUGUUUGACUUCCUGACCCAGAGGGCCACAAAGCACACGGCACCCAGUGAUGCUCCGAAGCACUUCGGCAUGACGGGACACGGCGGAGCAGACUACCACCUGAUGGACGCCUUCAUCUCUGCGGUGGCUAACAACGAUCCAUCCCUGAUCCGGUCGGGUCCCGAGGAGACGCUGCACAGUCACUUGUUGGUGUUUGACGCUGAGCGGUCGCGGCUGGAGAGCCGAGUGGUGCACUGUGGUGACAAGGAGCACAGCUAGGAGACGAUCAAACUUUUAGAGCUUUUUAGCGAUCAGCCAUUUCAUGACGGCAAGGCAGAUCUCCUUUUAAAUAGUUAAUGUCAGUGAAACUAAAAAGUGCCAUACAUUUUAAACACCGUCAGCCAAAUCUGUGCAUUUUGAGCUUUAUUUGAAAAGUUAGAUCAACUGGGUGAAAAUUAAUUAGUACAAAUUUUUUUGAGCGUAUCAUGGGAAUGUAAAAGAAGACAACUUUUAGGUGAACAACUGAUACUUUUCAGUGUAUCUCUACAGCAUGCACUUCAGCUUGUUUUCAUGUUUUUUGCUCAGUCAUAUUUCCAGCUGCUCAGAAUUUCCCUAUGUGGGCUUAAUAAAGUCUGAUCUUGUCUUAUGUUGCGUGAGUCCAGUCAGUGUUGUUGCUCUGAAGAUGAAGGGUAAAUGAACAAACUUUGUCAAGCUUCUGGAUAUAAUUAACCCAAUAAAAUCAUUUUGGGGAAAAUCACUUACCC